AUGACAGUGGAGCAGGUGGAGCAGCCAUUUUGUGCAAUUUCCUCCCCCAUGCAGUCAAAAGUCGGAUUUGCCAGCGGCUGUCUCCGCGACUUCACCGUGCUGUCACGGGAUGAUGACAGCCUGGCCUCCAAGGGGAAGGUGUCGGUCAAGGACAUCUUCGGGGAGGACUUCAGGGUCCACGACCCACAAGCCAAAUGGAUGAGCAGUAAUGAGCUGCUGUACCGUACGCGUGAGGGGGACGUGGUGCGGCUCAACGUGGAGACCAUGGAGCGGACGGUGCUGGUGCCCAAUAAAAUAUUUACGCUGUACCAGGCCAGUAAAUACGAGCUGUCCCCAGACCUGCACUAUGUGCUUCUGGCCUACAACGUUGUGCCGAUAUACCAGCACUCCUUCAUCGCGUCCUACAUCAUAUGCAGCCUGGAGACACCGGAGACAUGGGACCUCAACCCUCCAGAGGUGCGCAAUGCAAAGCUGCAGUAUGCUGGCUGGGGACCGCAGGGGCAGCAACUGAUUUUCAUAUUUGAGAAUAACAUCUACUACCGUGCCACAGUGGAGAAGCGAUCGAUCCGUCUGGUUUCCAGCGGCAAAGAGGGUGUCAUCUUCAACGGGCUCAGCGAUUGGCUGUACGAAGAGGAGAUUUUCCAGUCCCAUAUAGCCCACUGGUGGUCCCCAGAUGGAGCUCGGCUGGCGUACGCCACCAUCAACGACACGCUGGUGCCCAAGAUGGAGCUGCCCAUGUUCACCGGCUCCCUGUACCCCACAGGCAAAGAGUACCAUUACCCUAAGGCUGGUGAGGAGAACCCGGUCAUCUACCUGUACGUGGUGAACCUCAACGGACCGCUGCACACCAUAGAGAUGAGGCGGCCAGAGGACCAGAGGAUAGGGGAGUACUACAUCACUAUGGUGAAGUGGGCCACUAGUACCAAGCUGGCAGUGAACUGGCUGAACCGAGCUCAGAACAUCUCCAUCCUCACCCUGUGUGAGGCCACCACGGGUGUGUGCACCAAGAAACACGAGGACGAAAGCGUGGGCUGGCUUCACAGACAGAACGAGGCGCCCGUCUUCUCCAGGGACGGCCUCAAGCUCUUCUUCAUCAGAGCUCUUCCUCUGGGCGGCAGUGGACGCUUCUUCCACAUCUCCAUGUCCAUCUCACAGCCCAACACCAGCACAGACUCCCUGCAGACGGUGACCUCGGGGAAGUGGGACGUGACCCAGGUGCUGGCCUUCAGCGAGGACACCCAGCAGAUAUACUUUGUGAGCACCGAGGACGACCCCAAGAGGAGACAUCUGUACAGUGCGGAUAUCGUGGGCACGUUCAACCGGCGCUGCGUUUCCUGUGACUUCAACGACAGCUGUGGCUACGUCAGCGCCAUCUUCAGUCACAACACCAGUUACUUCCUCCUCCACUGCCAUGGUCCUGGGGUUCCAUCUGCACGAGUGUACAGCACCCUGGACAAGAAGAAAGUAUACGACCUUGAGACCAACCAGCAGCUGCAGGACAAGCUGGACUCCAUGCAGAUGCCCAAGGUGGAGUACAGGGAGGUGGAGAUCGAAGGCUACACCCUGACAAUGCAGAUUGUGAAACCUGCUGGCUUUGCAAUCACAGGCCAUUACCCGCUGCUCCUGUUUGUGGACGGUACGCCGGGCGGGCAGGUGGUGUCGGAGCGCUUCCAGGUGGACUGGACGGCGGCGCUGGUCAGCACGUUCGGGGCGCUGGUGAUGCGCUUUGAUGGACGCGGCAGCGGCUUCCACGGGACCGACCUGCUGCACAAGGUCCAGCACAGACUGGGCCUCUACGAGGAGAAGGACCAGCUACUGGCCCUCAGCAUAUUAGCAAAGGAGCCGUACAUAGACAACACCAGGAUUGGAGUAUUUGGACAGGUGUAUGGGGGAUACAUCACCAGUCUCCUUCUCAGUUCAGAGAUGUCACCGCUGAAGUGUGGAGCAGCUCUAUCACCCAUCACUGACUUUGAGUUAUAUGCCUCUGCUUUCUCGGAGAGGUACCUGGGCUCACCCAAGCCUGACAGAAGAGCCUAUGAGAUGGCGAGCCUGACGGAGCGACCCAGCUCCUACAGACCGUCCAUGUUCAUCGAUAAAAAGUUCCUCAUAGUUCACCCCACAGCAGACGAAAAAGUCCACUUCCAGCACACAGCCAGAUUCAUCUCCCGGCUUAUAAAUGAGAAGGCAAACUACAGUCUACAGAUCUACCCAGACGAAGGCCACUACAUCCACAACGAGGUCACACGGCAGCACCUCAGCCAGUCGCUCGUCAACUUCUUCGAGGAGUGCUUCCGGCUACCUGAGAAGCUCUUCGAGGAGGAGGAGCUGGAGGAGGAGAGCGAGGAGGAGGGUUAGUCUGCUGCCGCUGACCUCCCCAUCUUUGACCUCUGACCUCCUGCCCCCCCUCGCCCCCUCACCCCCCGUCCCCCCCCCCUCCCCAUCCGAACCCAAGCACAAGAGCCAGCCCGCCAGUUCUAUGUAUUAUGCAACCCCACUGGAUCUUCAAGCCUCGUCCUACUUCUUUUGGAUUGACACCUUGUCCACUUUGAUUUUCACCCACGUUUAAUCUCCACUCUCUCUGGAAUGACACACCUGAAGCUGCCCCUGAUACCGCCCCCACCACCACCACCAUCACCACCACCGCCACCACCACCCUUCUACAGUUGCUUGCCUCAUGGCACCCCAACCCUCCAUGUUGUUCCACCCACAGCUCACUCCUCAGUCAGUGAACAACUAGCGGCUUCCUAUGACAGCAGCGGCAGCAGCAGAAGCUCUCGUGAACUCAAGACAAUGGCCACCUUGGCGAGGUGAGGUGAGGUGUGGCGUGGCGUCUGGCCGAGUCUCAACAGGCAGCUUUAGAGCCCAGCGGAGGGAGAGCGGGAAUGGGAAAAAAAUGAGAA